AGAUUUUUGAGUCAACACACAUAUUUGACAGCGUCAGUUCUGCCUCAAAUCUCCCUCUUGAAUAGCGGCUGCCCACAAGGUCAAGCUCUUAAUAUCAUAACUUAAAAAAAAUUGUAAAACCAAAUAUAAACAUGUCAGUGUCAGCCCAAAGCCAUCAUCCUCACUACGCCUCUCUAUAUGUGGGAGACUUAGACCCAGAUGUCAGUGAGAAGGACCUGUGGACUUUUUUUAGCCGUGCGGGGACGGUCUCGUCCGCCCGGGUUUGCCUAGACACCUUAACUAGGCGUUCCCUUGGAUACGGCUACGUCAAUUUUUCAACCGUCCAGGAAGCGGAACAUGCACUGGACACGUUGAACAACCAGCCUAUUCAUGACCAUCCUUGCAGAAUUAUGUGGUCGCAGAGAGACCCGUCGAUCCGCCGGUCGGGGAUCGGGAACAUUUAUAUCAAGAAUCUCGAUAACAACAUUACGCACAAGGAAUUGCAUGACACAUUCAGCGUUUUUGGGAAUAUUUUGUCCUGCAAGGUUGCGACUGAUGAGAAUGGAAAGAGCAAGGGAUACGGAUUCGUUCAUUUUGAGAGCGUGGAGGCGUCGGAGAAGGCGAUCGCUAAGACGAACGGGAUGUCUCUGGAGGGAAGCAUGAACAAAAUCUAUGUGACGCGUCAUAUCUCGAAGAAGGAGCGCGCGAUGCAGAAGGCGAAUAGUUGGACGAACGUUUUCGUCAAGAAUUUGGACCCGAGUGUCGAUGAGGAGAAGCUGAAAGCGCUGUUUUCGCAGUUUGGGAAGAUCACUUCUGUGUGCGUCAAGGCCAAUACGUCUGGACACAGCGCGGAUGGUCAGCCGAGGGACACGUUGUUUGGGUUUGUAAAUUUUGAGAAGCACGAAGAUGCUCAGAGGGCGUUGGACGAGAUGAACGGAAAGGCGUAUUUAGAUCGCGAACUUUAUGUAGCAAGAGCUCAGACGAAGGCAGAAAGACAGGAAGAGCUGCUUCAGAAAUACAAUCAGAUGAAAUUAGAGUUUUAUAAAAAGUACCAGGGUACGAACCUAUUCGUCAAGAAUCUGGAAGACUGCAUUGAUGAGGAGCGCCUUUUGAAGGAAUUUGGACAAUUCGGAAGAAUUAAAAGCGUCAAAAUCAAGGAGGAUAGCAAGGGCAAUUCUUGUGGAUUUGGAUUCAUUUGUUUCAUGAGUCCCGAGGAGGCAAGUUUCGCUAUUAGCGGCCUGAAUGCCCGUAUACUUCCUGGAUGCGUGAAGCCCCUACAUGUGACUCUUCACGAGCCAAAAGAAAUAAGACGACAAAAAUUGGCCAAUCAACACCAACAAGCCAAGAACAUUGGUGGAUAUCAACACUUCUUUAGGCAGCCCAUGUUCUACCCUCCUUACUCUCAAAAUGGGGUACCCAUUAUGGGACCCAGGCAGGGCAGAACUUGGCCGCCCGUUCAGCCCGGGUUUGUUUAUCCUAUCGCUCCAACUCCAGCAGGACCGACGAACGUGCCCGCUGGACAACAUCGACCGCCCGUUUCUUACCCUCCGAGAACAGAGCCGACCCGCAUUGCACCGAUCCUUCAAACACCCGUGGUCUCUGCGCCUUCUCAUCGACCACCUAACUCCCCUGUUCACGAUGUCAACACCGUCCCCAUCGUCUCGACGGAUCCUCUUACGCGCGAGACUCUCGAAGUGACUCCUGAAUCUGGCCGCCUGGCACUCCUCAGCGACCGCCUGUUCCGCCUCAUCGCCGCUAAACAGCAUCAACAACUGGCCGGCAAACUGACAGGUAUGAUUCUGGAAUCCUGUGGCAAUAGCGUCGACCAGCUUCUCAACUUAACCACCAACGACGCCGCACUCACCGAGAAAAUCAAUGAAGCCAUCAAAACCCUUGAUGAGUACAAUGAACUCUCUAAAUCGACUGCUAGCUGAGCCUCCUCCACAGGUGCGUACGGUCCUAAUAAAUGGUAGAGUUGACACUGAUAUCAAAAAAAAU